GCCCUCGCCCGCAAACCCAAACACUCCCGGCUCCUGCUGCGCGCCGGCUGCGCGUGAUCGCCCCGCCGUGCCGCCGUCGGCGUCCGAACGUGCGCGGCCCCAGGCCGGCUCGCCACAGGGGCCCGCGGCCCGGGCCGAGCGAUGCUGCUGCUGGCGGCCGCCUUCCUUGUGGCCUUCGUGCUGCUGCUCUACAUGGUGUCUCCGCUCAUCAGCCCCAAGCCCCUCGCCCUGCCCGGGGCGCAUGUGGUGGUCACGGGAGGGUCCAGUGGCAUCGGGAAGUGCAUUGCUAUCGAGUGCUACAAACAAGGUGCAUUUAUAACUCUGGUUGCCCGAAAUGAGGACAAGCUUCUGCAGGCAAAGAAAGAAAUUGAAAAGUACUCCAUAAAUGAUAAACAGGUGGUACUUUGUAUAUCAGUUGAUGUAUCUCAAGACUAUAACCAAGUGGAGAACGUUAUAAAACAAGCACAGGAGAAGCUGGGGCCAGUGGACAUGCUGGUGAACUGCGCGGGGAUGUCCGUGGCAGGGAAUUUUGAAGAUCUUGAAGUGAGCACUUUCGAAAGACUGAUGAACCUCAAUUACCUGGGCAGUGUGUACCCAAGCCGAGCCGUCAUCACCACCAUGAAGGAGCGUCGCGUGGGCAGGAUCGUGUUCGUGUCCUCCCAGGCUGGGCAGCUGGGGCUGUUUGGCUUCACAGCUUACUCUUCGUCCAAGUUUGCCCUGCGGGGAUUGGCUGAAGCUUUGCAGAUGGAGGUGAAGCCGUACAAUGUCUACGUCACAGUUGCCUACCCGCCAGACACAGACACCCCCGGACUUGCCGAAGAAAACAAAACAAAGCCUUUGGAAACUCGACUUAUUUCCGAGACCACAUCUAUUUGCAAACCAGAACAGGUGGCCAAACAAAUUGUUAAAGAUGCCAUACAAGGAAACUUCAGUAGUUCCAUUGGCUCCGACGGGUACAUGCUGUCUUCCCUGACCUGCGGCAUGGCGCCCGUGACUUCCAUUACAGAAGGACUGCAGCAGGUGGUCACCAUGGGCCUUUUCCGCACGAUCGCUUUGUUUUACCUUGGAAGUUUCGAUAGCAUAAUCCGCCGGUGCAUGAUGCAGAAAGCAAGAUCUGAAACAACAGACAAAACUGCCUAAUCCUUCCUUACCCCAUGGGAAAAGACUUCUUUCCAAAUAAUUCGAACAGCUUGCUGCUAAAUGGGACCCGGUUUGUGACCUGAAAACACUUACCAUGUUGUUCUGGAUGUAUGAGAUUGGCCCACGGGGCUUGAGAAACCUGGCUGCGGGGCACGGAGGUACAAGUCCGAGCGCAGACAGUGUCAGGAGUCCCACACGACUCCGAACAGUAGAUGCAGUGAUUGUCUGAGGUGGACAGGUGGUGGUGUGCGCCCGGACAGCAAGUGGACAGUGUAAAGGACAGAAUUUUCAGAAUGACCACUUCAAAUGUUUUCUAUUUAUUGUGACCCUAACCCUACCCCUGCCCCAGACACAGACCAAGUCCAGAAACGUACAGGAAGUCUUGGGGACUUUUUUAAACCUCCCAUGAAAGCCAGUGUAUGGGUUUCUGGGGCUUUUUUUUUUUUCACUUGGUCUGUUUGAUUCGAGAAGAGUUUUACAUGCGCCAGGAAGUCUAAGCAUGGCUGACACCUAAGUGCUGUCCUGGGGACUGCCUGCUGCAGCCGCUGCAAGCUCUGGUCUUCUCUCUUUGAUCCCAAUGAGGUCCCAGGGGGAUGAGCGAGGGCACUGCGGUGGAAGGUAAGGAGAUUAAUAUUUUCCAGUAGAAAAAGCAGUGCUUUCUUGUCUUCUUUAGACUCAGACAUCUGGGAACUUUGAAUUUUUUUAAUUUCUGGGGAAAGGCAGCCUCCUUAAAUGUCUCUGAAGAGAAAUGAAAACAUUAGACGCUUAAAAGUUUACAACUUCUUCAGUAGCCAUGCUGAUCUGAAGCCUACCUGUUCUAGCUUAGUGUCUACUUACUCCUCCCACUUCUUCCUUCCCAAUUCUGCUAAUAUGGCUGUUCAAGUUCUCAUAAAAGAAAAAAAAAAAAAGACCAGCUACGAUUUUUUUCUUUACUUGACUUUUAAAAUUAAUUCCUGAAUGAAUUAAAACCAAUGAAAACAUGACAGAGUGUGACAUUCUUCUCCUUGAAGUAGAUCUGCAGCUGUCAGGGAAGGCUGGUGAGCACUCACAGGAACUGAUGUUGGAAGGGAGAAAAGCCAAGGCUGCUUUUGAACAGACAAGUUGUGGAAAUCAGACGGUCAUCCGUUCUCCCUGUGACUCUGCCCCCGAAGACACCGCCUUCCCUGCUCACUCCCACAACAGGACAUGUCUUCAAAAGUUCAUGGAAAAUGUGUGUCAUGAAUAAACGUGUGGAUUUCCAACAAUUUUGCACCAAAAUAAACUUAGCUUUUUAUUCCCUUUUUUUUUUUUUUUCUCUAUUCCCAUGAACUGUGUGAAGUCCCCCUUUUCCCACCCUGGAAAUCCACUUGUUCCAUGAAUGUUUUCCCAGGUACAGGACCUGUUGUCCAUUUGAUGGAUUUCCACAGCAAGUGCCUAAGAUACAUCUUAGCCAAUUUCCCUGCUCAUCCCAUUCUCUGUAUGCACUCUGGCUUAAGCAACGCUGUCUGCCUCUCCAUGUUAUGUCCCCUCCGGACACAGACAGUAGUGCAUUCCAGUUCACUUUGGUGAGAGAGACCUCUGCUUUUGAUGAAGAAACUUUUUAUUGUAAGAUUAAAAAAUUCUGUAAAAGAGUGAGACCUGAAAAUUACAGCAAGUCUUUUUUUAAACUUGAGUUUUUGCAGCUCUUGACUUUAAAAUAACUUAAUUUUUU